AUGCAGGUCGUGUUUGGAGGUUUCGCGUUGCUUGUCCUGGGUGUUGGAGCGCAGCUGAGCGACGACCUGUCGCGAGAGCAGCUGAAGCCUUUGACGGCGUUCCGCCAGCAACAUCGUCGCUUGGUCGAUGGUCGGCUGUGUGCCGCAGCGUUCGUGCAGGACAAGCACGUGUACACAGGCUGCACCACGGUGCUGGGCUCAGGAUUUGCGGACGUUGCAUAUUGCUGA